AUGAGCGGAGAUGUAUCUGGUAGGCGUGUCCGAGUGGGCGGUGGCGACGACUACGACGAACAACGUGUCUUCAUAGUGUAUAGAAGGUCUGAUGGCAUAGUUUAUGCCAUCAUUCAUGCAUUUUUCUUGUUUCUGUUUUAUAACCUGAAGGAUUCUCUAGUAGGUAACAAUGUGGAAGAUAAAACUAAACUCAAAGAGAAAAGCAAUGAUACUAUAUACAAGGAGGAUUGAGAGACCAAAACAACUCAAGAAGAAAAACAUUUUAUGUGCAGAAAUCUGCAAAAUUCUUUUGUUUCUUAUGCAAGAAGUACCAAAAACCUAUUAAGAAAUGUAAUGGGUGAGCAACAAGCAUCUUUGAAUUACUUAUCUCCCCAGAUUAAUGAGCUCAUGAAUCAAGUUCUCCUUUUGACUACAGAAAUUUUUAGAAAACAGCUGGAUCCUUUUCCUCCUGGGGCUGUUCAGUCACAUGGUUUGUUUUGCUCUGAUAUUAAAGAUUUGAUUGGUGUCCUUAAAACCCCUAGUGGUUUAUAUAUAAUCUUUCCAGAAGGAUCUAGCUACCUAUUUGAGGUGACUUGCGACAUGGACUUCAGAGGAGGUGGAUGGGCAGUUCAGAGAAGGCUUGAUGGGACAACCGACGUCCAAAGGCUGUGCUGUGAUGACCUGGGUGGAUUGGGAGACCUUUCAGGAGAAUUUUGGUUAGGACUGAAAAAUAUUUUUUACAUAGUAAACCAGGAAGAUUCUAGUUUUAUGCUUCAUGUGGCCCUGGAAUCUGAAGACGGCACACUUGGUUAUGCUUCACAGGAUAAUUUUUGGCUAGAGGAUGAAACAAAUUUUUUUAAAAUACACUUAGGACAAUAUUCAGGAAAUGUUGGUGAACAGCCACUGGUAGAAGCUCCCACUGCUGCAGACUGUGCUGCGGCUGCGGCUGCGGCUGCGGCUGCGGCUGCGGUUGUGGCUGCGGCUGCCCUUUUUCUACCAUGA